AUCAUUAGAUUAUAAGCCUUACCAACCUCCAUCAGCCAGCUAAAUUAACUCGACGCCCCCUGGUAAAACUGUUGAUUUGCCGGAAGGAAGCAGUUGCAGGCGCUGGUCAUUAUAAACUUAACCAGCGCCCAUAAACUAAUCCUGCCCCCCCUGCAUGCGUCGCUGCUGAUCUAAAAAAAAAGAACCAUUUGUGCGUGAUUAUUGUUACCGGGCUCACGCCUCCGUCGCAUGGCUUCGCUUCGCCUGCCUCCUGCCAUGUUUUUACCAUGCCUUCCUCGUCAGUGAGAUCCUGUCUAUAUGUGCCGUUGCUUGCUCCGGCCUUUUGCAGUGAUCUCGUCAGAGUUGGUGUUGUUGUUGUUGAGCUCACCGUGGUAGGAGCUGAGAGGGGGAGAUGGGGCGGCCGCCGUGCUGCGACAAGGCGAACGUGAAGAAGGGGCCGUGGACGGCGGAGGAGGACGCCAAGCUGCUGGCGUACACCUCCACCCACGGCACCGGCAACUGGACCUCCGUUCCUCAGCGAGCAGGUUUGAAGAGGUGCGGGAAGAGCUGCAGGCUGAGGUACACCAACUACCUGAGGCCCAACCUGAAGCACGAGAACUUCACGCAGGAGGAGGAAGAGCUCAUCGUCACCCUCCACGCCAUGCUGGGCAGCAGGUGGUCGCUGAUCGCGAACCAGCUGCCGGGGAGGACGGACAACGACGUGAAGAACUACUGGAACACCAAGCUGAGCAAGAAGCUGCGGCAGCGUGGCAUCGACCCCAUCACCCACCGCCCCAUCGCCGACCUCAUGCAGAGCAUCGGCACGCUCGCCAUCCGCCCCCCUCCCGCCGCCGGCGCCGCGCCGCCGCCCUGCCUCCCGGUGUUCCACGACGCGCCGUACUUCGCCGCCCUGCAGCAUCAGCAUCAGCAGCAGCAGGUCGUCACGCACGUCGACGCCGACGCGCCCGCGUCGCCCGACUCGCAGCAUCUGCAGCUCAACUGGAGCGACUUCCUCGCCGACGACGCCGCGGGGCACGGCGCCGACGCGCCGGCGCCGCAGGCUGCUCUCGGCCAGUAUCAGGAGGGGUCAGCACCGGCGGCGACUGCCGUCGUGGGCGGAGGCCGCGCGUUCGGUGACGUCGACGGUGCAUCAGCUGGCGUCGGCGCCGGCACGGACGACGGCGCCGGGGCUGCGUCGGCGUUCAUUGACGCGAUCCUCGACUGCGACAAGGAGAUGGGGGUGGACCAGCUCAUCGCCGAGAUGCUCGCCGACCCGGCAUACUACGGCGGCGGUGGCGGCUCCUCCUCGUCGGAGCUCGGCUGGGGUUGCUAAUUAUACUUAACUCGUGCGUAUUAACUCAUCGAUCCGUUCUGGUGUCUACGAGACUACGAUUAUAUCCGAUCCCCAUUUCGAUUUAACUACGGGCUUGCCAGUUAGACAGUUACUCUGCUCUACUCUUGGACACUUCCUGAGCUAAUUAAUUACGCGUUCAAUGUCAUUUCAUAAAGUAAUCAAUUCAUCGUUUGAAAGUCGUAACAUUGAAAUCAAAUCAAGCAAUCGAGCAAUAGCAUGCAUGGUAGUGUACUGUUCACACCCGAAAA